AGAGUGAUUGCCUUCUUGUUGUUUCCCCCCCCUCCCCCGCCCCCCUUACCAGUAACAUUGAGAGGAAAAUGGUGUAUCUUUGAACACAAUCCCACUCCAACGACGAGGACGUUGCUGCUCCCUGGGGGCCGUUAAGCCGCCGACCUAGAAGCGGGCGUUUUACCGGCGACAGGAUGACGUGCCGCGACCGGACCAUCGAGUUCCAGUCGGCCUGCAAAUCUCUCCAAGGCAGACAGAAUGGAGUGCAGCCCAGUAAACCAGCUCUCAGCGCUCUCAGGCAGCGCAGUGACUUUACAGUCAUGGCCAAGAGAAUUGGAAAAGACCUGAGCAAUACAUUUGCCAAGCUGGAAAAGCUCACAAUUUUGGCCAAAAGAAAAUCUCUAUUUGAUGACAAGGCGGUGGAGAUUGAGGAGCUAACGUAUAUCAUUAAACAGGACAUUAACAGCCUAAACAAACAGAUAGCACAGCUGCAAGACUUGAUCAGGUCACGUGGAGCUCCGGGGGGCAAACACAUCCAAACCCACUCGAACACCAUUGUGGUGUCCUUACAGUCCAAACUAGCCUCAAUGUCCAAUGACUUCAAGUCAGUCCUGGAAGUCAGAACUGAGAACCUGAAGCAGCAGCGCAGCAGGAGAGAGCAGUUCUCCCAACCUCCUGCCACCUCCUCUCCACUCAAUGCUAAUAAUUUCAGGAGCCGCAAAAAAGGGGCCCAGGAGCCGCAUGCAGCUCGCGAGCCGCGCAAUGACUACCAGGGCUUUACAACCUCAAAUGUAAAAGGGAGCUCGGUCCUGAUGCAGGACGAGUCCCGGAGUCUGGGCGACGUGGCCAUUGACAUGGACUCUCAAGCCAACCCCCUCCAGCUCCAGCUCAUUGAUGAGCAGGACUCGUACAUCCAGAGCCGCGCAGACACCAUGCAGAACAUCGAGAGCACCAUCGUGGAACUGGGCUCCAUAUUCCAGCAGCUGGCACACAUGGUCAAAGAGCAGGAGGAGACCAUUCAGAGGAUUGACUCCAACGUGGAGGACACGCAGCUGAACGUGGAGGCGGCCCAUUCGGAGAUCCUCAAGUAUUUCCAGUCUGUGUCGUCCAACCGCUGGCUGAUGAUCAAGAUCUUCCUCGUCCUCGUCGUCUUCUUCAUCAUUUUUGUUGUCUUCUUCGCGUGAGAAGGAACACAGCAACAAAAGAUGGACUUUUUUUUUUUUUGAAGGACAGACCUUCAUACGGAAGCUUGGGAAUCCCACAGAAGGAAUACAGACUUAAUCGUACGAAGGAGUGGAGAACUUUUUCCAUGUGGGAGAAAAAAUAAGUUAUCUUAAAGCCCCAUUUUGUAGCGAUUGGAUUGAAAGCUGUUCUGAAUUGUAUUUUGACCAAUGAUUCAUAAAUGUUUAUAGUUAUAAUCUAAUGGUUUGAUUCUGCAAACUCUUAAUUUAGAUUUUUGUUCAUAUCUGAAAUUUUCUCAGCCAAACCUGCAAGCUUACCGUUGGACUUCGUUGCUUCAAAGAUAUUUUUUCAUCACCGAUUUCCAGCCAUUUUAUUUUUUUUCCGCUAAAUGUAAGUGAGAGCAUCUGUGGUGCACGUGAACCGACCCCAGCAAAACUUUGCUGACAGAAGCUUGAGCUAGUCCGAAGUGCUCAAGAUGGAUUAUGUAACAAAAAGAGCAUACAUAAUGGACCUUGUGAACUUCUCCCUAAUUGGUUUCCCUCUUGGACAUCAGUGCUUAUGAAGGGGUUUUGCCCCAGAAGUGUCUGUUUUGACGUCCGUUUGCACACUCACAAAACCCUCGCUGAAUCAUCACAAUGUACAUGAUGUUAUUUAAAUGACCAAAUUUUAAGAAACAAUCUUUUUUUAUUCUUUUUUUUUUUUGCUGACUGCCUUGCCUUCCGUGUACAAAGAGCAAAUAGUGACGAACGGUGUAUUGAUCAGAAAUGGCAUAUUAAUAAAACAAAAACUGGGGGCUGGCAUUCAUGGGAUUUUCUUUGGGGAUAAGAGGAUUAGCCAGCAGUGAUAUAGUUAGAGACACAAGGCCUGUCUAAUUAUAUCACAUAUUACAAAGUGUAUUUUACUAGUAAUAAAACAUUUCUAAUUAUCA